UUAAAUCAAUCAAACAAAAAAAUGACACUUCUAAAGUAAUUUGUGAUGAAAUUGUUUUCCAAGUGAUUUUCAUGUAAUCAGCCAGAUAACAAUCCUGUAAACAAUGGAGGCGGUGCCCAAGUUGCCGUUGUUGAGUUUCGAGCUAAAAGAGAGUCCGGAGACCACACACUUUGGGCCAAAACUUAAGCAGUACAUUGCGGACGCGUACAGGGAAGACCCUGAGAGCUACAGCAAUGAGAUGCAUCAGCUGGAAAGCCUGCGGUCGUCCGCCGUGAGGCCUUCCAUUGACGCAGCGGGUCUGAGCGCGCUAUACAGAUAUUUCUGCCAACUCAGAGCCAUCCAGAGCAGGUUUCCGAUGGCUAAAGGGCAACCAGCGGCAUGUACAUUUGCCUGGAAAGACCUCUAUGCAAACAUGAGCAGUCCCCUAGCAGACAUUCGUUUUGAAAUGGCCUGCAUCUUACACAACAUUGGGGCUCUGCAUACCCAGCUUGGGGCUUCAGAGCCUCGCACAUCCCCAGAAAGUCUAAAAGCGGCAUGCACCCACUUCCAAAAUGCGGCAUGGGCCUUCCAGCUGGUGAAGGAACAGUAUCCACAGCCAACAGGGAUAGAUGUGUCACCAGAAAUGAUGACAUUGUUCCAGGAGAUCUGCUUUGCUCAAGCACAGGAGUGUAUACUUGAAAAGAGUAUUCAGGACACCAGGAAACCUAGUGUUAUAGGUGCCGUGGCAACCCAGGUGAUGUUUUUCUACCGUAACUGCCUGAACCACCUCGGUGCAUCAACUGGCUCGGAAAACGUCCAUGAAAUAAUUGGUGGCAAGCUCUACAACUUCUGGCACCGGUUCUUGUCGUUCAAAUUGUCUUAUAUUGGCUGCAUUGUGUGCUUAUAUCAAGGAAUGAACGCCGAAGAACAACAGAAGAUGGGCGAACGCGUAGCCUUCUACCAGCUCGCCGUGGACAAGCUCGCCGAAGCCCAGAAGCUCGCCAAAUACGUAGAACCCGUCCAGGUCACCAAGGAAGCCUUAACAUUCACCAAUGAUGUGGUGGAGGGCAAGCGGAAAGCGGCGAAGAAUGAGAAUGAGUUUAUAUAUCAUGAGGAAGUGCCGGAGAAGGAUUUGCUUAUGGAUAUGAAGCCGGUGUGCUUGGUUAAGGCUUUGCCGGUCAAUUUGAAUGAUCCGGAGGUGUCAGGUCCUGACAUAUUUUCCCGCCUGAUCCCAAUGGGCGCUCACGAGGCCUCCUCCGUCUACUCUGAAGAGAAGGCCAAGUUGCUCCGCCAAGUCGUCGGCCAAGUGGAAGCCAAGAACACUGAGCUUACUGAGUUCAUGUCAUCAUUGCAACUUGAUCAGUUGGAGGUGCUGGAUUCUGAUCAAAAGAUCCCUCAAGAGAUAGUGGACAGAUGUGCAGCCAUGAACGCGAAGACCGAAGUUAUACAAACGUUGGUGGAUUCCAUGAAUAAUCUCGCUGAGAUCAUCAGCGACGUGGAGAACUCGCUCGCAGAAAUUAAGACCCUCAUUCAGGAAGAAACAUUGAAAGAAAAAGAAUUCCAAAAAGUCAUGGGACCACGCCCGCCCUCCAUAGUGCAGACAGAACUAUCCAGAGAGUUCCACAAAUACCAGGAGGCCCACGCGAGAACCAACGAGUCCAACCAAGUGCUGCACAAAGCUAUGACGCUGCAUAUAGCUAAUCUGAGGCAGUUGGCGGUGCCAUUAGAUGUUCUGCAGAGUAGGAUUCCUACCAUCGAUAAUAUUGAGGGUUUGGACCGGGAAGCCAUGUCCGAAAUGCGUCGCGUCGUCGGCAAGGCGCGUCACAUGCAGUCGCAGCGCGACCAGCUGGUGAGCGCGCUGCGCGGCGCGGUGGCCGCCGACGACGUCACGGCCGCGCUGCUGGCGCGCGCCGCCGAGCCCCGCGACCAGCUGUUCGCGCAGGAGCUCGCUAAACAUGACCCUCAGGUGAAAAUAAUAGAAACAAAUCUCGCGGCUCAAGAGAACAUCAUCAACCGCCUGACGUCUCUAUACGCUUCGUACGGAGAGUCAAGACGUAUGCUGUCAGACUUGCUGAGGAAGCGAGAGAGCAUCAUCAACGCACUCAUAACCUCCUACGACACGUACGGCGAGCUCCUCGGCAAGUGCCAGAAGGGCCUCGAGUUCUACAAGAAGUUGAGCCACAACGUCAACCAACUCCUCACGAGGCUGCGAGGAACAUGCCAAGUUCAAGAGGAGGAGAGAGAGUCACUGCUUGCCAAGAACAGUAAGGGGAGUAAAGCGGCCACCGCCGUACCAUCCUCACCGGCAAGAAUGGAAAGGGCUGAAAGUGUCGAGCCUCGAAGCGAGGGCUCUGGCCUCAAACUGAAAGACUAUCUACCUUAUAUGAAGAAGAGGCAACUACCCAAGACCCCUCAAGGAACAGGUCAACCAGAAACGUUACCGCCAGAAGCGUACUACCCGGAGUCGAUAUACCCAACAUCCGUGAGACCAGCACCUGUCGGAUCAGAAGCCACCGACCCAACCCAAAUGCAACUGCCAGACGGUGUGGUCAUGCCCCAAAUGAUGCCACACCAGUACGCCCGCUACGGCACACCGUACACCCAGGAGCCCGAACCCUACUCCACACCCUCAAACUUCUCCUACCCUUCCAAAACCUACGAGAAACCCGAGGACAACCCCUAUUAUUCAGCCUACACCCCUCCUCAGUACUCCCACCAAAUGUCCAACCCACAAACAUACGCCAACCCUUACUAUUCUGGCUCUCAAGACAGUGGGACUAUAAUAACCGAUUCACAAAGUAACUCUUACACUAUGCACAGCCAAGCUAACGCUAACAUGGCUACUAAUAGUCAAAGCGUGCCAAGCAGCGCGCCAAGUAAUAGCCAAACUAAUACACCAUACAUAUACGAUAUUUACGGGCAAAAUCAAAUAGCACCAAUCCCUGAAAAUCCAUCAAUGACUUAUUCUGGUCAUGAUUUGAGCGCUAACUUUAGUCAAAUGCAAGUGUCAGCACCAAAAGAUUGCCAACCGCCGAAUUUCGGUAACGAUUAUUCUCAAACGUAUUAUAGCGUGAACUACCCUCAAGCGGCCACUCCUAAUAUGGCUACAUAUAGUAACGCUGAACAGAGUAACUCAAACACUAAUUCUACGCAUAGCACUGAUUAUAAUACUCUGAAUUAUCCAUACAGCGAUGUACCAUACGGUCCUAAUUCUGCGUCUACGUACGCACCCAAUUCUGGCGUUUCGACUUACGCACCCAAUUCUGCGGGUUCGACAUACGCACCCAAUUCUACGGCUACUUCGUAUGCGCCUGCCUCCGUUGCUUCGUAUGCUCCUAACCCUGCGACUUCUACGUACGCUCCUAAUUCUACUGCUUCCAAUUACGCACCUAAUUCUACGGGUCCUACUUACGCCCCUAACUCUGCUGCUAACGUCUCUGCGUACAGUGAGCAAUAUAACUACACAACAGGCUACGAAGCAUCAUCACAAAGCUACCCCGUAUACACGAACGCUGAUACUACAGCAUACUCCACCACCACAGUUACUAAUGUCCCAGUAUCCAUCGAGUCUACAUACAAUCCGCCCGAACCAAACCCAGCUCUAUCCCAAAUAGACGCUUACGACCAACCAAUCAAGUCACAUGUCACCGGAGAAGCAUUAAACUACCCUAACUACCAAAGUUACGAGCCUAGCUACACCCCAACCCCUAACCCAGAGACAACACCAACCCACCAACCUACCAACUUCUACCAAGACCCAGCGAACGUGAACUACGCGCAUACCUACCAAAAUCAUCCGGGUUAUAACUUCAAUCCUGGCACAGGGGGUUUCGACUAUAACUACGGCUCGCAGAAUUCUUAUGCCAGCUAUGUGCAACCGAAUAUAAACUCGCAGUCGAACCCUAAAGAUCCAAAUUGGAACGAGCAAGGGGUCUACACGAGCGCUGGAGCAUGUGAAACUGUCCAAUCUCCUUCAGAGACCCCUCAGACGCCGCAGCCAAGCGAUAAUCAGACUUAUUACAAUACGCCGUACGGAUAUAUUACUAAUACUAAUCAGUCACAAGAGGUGGUGUCGAAUCCUGAAGUAACGACUACGAACUAUGGUGCCAAUGUGAAUCAGUCGACUUAUAUGCAGUCUGGGGAACAGUACAACACUAAUGUCACCUUUAGUAAUAACAAAGUAACUACACCCAAGGAAGAAAUAGAACAGCCAACUUUUGAGGUAAAACCAGAGCCGACCCAAAGCCCUCCAGAACCAGAAACUCAAGAACCUCCACCGAUUAAAGAAGAGUCUGAACCAGCUCCAGAGCCCUCCGUUUUCGACUUACUAUCAGACAUAGAUUUCUCAGUCGAACAAAAACCUCUAACGCCUCAAAUAAAAGUGCCACAGAUAUCAGAAAGCGCGAUCAAAAAGCCUUUACAAGUGCCUAAAGUUGAAGCAAUUCCCAAACCAGUGGCAAAAGAAGAAGUGAUACAACGGCCAGCUAAAAGGGACUUGUUUUCGGACCCUAGUUUGCUGAACAGUUUUACGCAGGAGGUGAAGAAUUUGCAGACCUUGGUUGACUCGUUGACGAACAAAGUGCCGGGUGGAUUGACGUUGCUGGAUUCUAAGUGGAAGUCGUUCCAGGAUAUACAAAGUAAAGAAAACAUGACGCGAUCGAAGAACAUCGCGAAACAAUACAAGAGUGGCAACAUCGCGCCCUACGACGACUCCCGACUGAGGCUCAGGAGUGACGCGAAUGCGUACAUCAACGCUUCUUAUUAUAAGCAACUGGCUCCGUGGUGCAUUUCCCUGGUGAUAUCCUCGAUGCCACAAGAGAGGAACUACAGUGUUUUCUGGAAGGCCGUGUUGGAAAACAAAAUCACGUCUGUCGUUUGCUUGCUGAGCGAAAUUGAGAUGCAAGGCAAAUUCUACUGGCCGACGGCGAAGGGCCAAUCCUUAGACCUCCCCGGAGUGAAGGUGGUGCUGGAUGACGUCACAUGCACCGUACAUUGGACCGAACGGAACCUCACAGUGGCCCACGGGAGUACCGUGCAUAAAGUGAACCAUUAUCAGAUCAGCGUGUUCCCUGCCAAAAUCGUCUGUUCUCCUCUCAUCCUCCUUGUGGACAAGAUCCUAUCGGAGACCUUCGAGAACCGUCUCAGUAAUCAGCUCAGUGGCGCCUGGCUUCAAUGCGGCACGGGCGGCGGGCGGAGCGCGUUACUGGCGAUAAUUAUAGCGCUCGUGUGCCAAGUGCGAGCGGGACAGCCGCAGCUGUGCGAUACGCUGGACGCGGCGUGUGCGAACCUCUACAAGCACCGCACCGACGUGCUAGAAGACACCAAGUUCCUCGCCGACGCGUACAGAACGGCGCUGUUCUACGUGCAAGGAGUGCUUUGCUCUGGUACGACAUCAUUCAAUGGCGAAGCCAUCUCGGUCCCUACCGGGGCGUCCGUGUUACCCCCCGUCACGCCAACCCCCACCCCCGCCAGCUCCCAAAGAACCAAGUUCUCCCGAGAAUCCUUCGAGGAGAUGAAACAAUCGCCCGGCCUUAAGAGCGGAGACAUGAAGGACCCGCUCAACUUUCUCGAUCCACUGUGGAGCUUGAAGAAGAAAUAAAUCGAUUUUAGACUUUGAUGCGUUAUAAUAAGGUUCGUUUUAGCUGAAAUAUCCUCAACGAAAAAGUGGACGAUUUCAUAGGCGUCGAUAAAAAUGUAAUGUUCCACGGCAAAAGGUACCUUAGGCUGGCGCUUACGUCGCAUAGCGCCGCAAUAGUAUUGGAGCGGCGUUAAUAAUAGCGUAAGCGCCAACCGCCAUAUGGUACUUUUAUCCGUGGGGAGUCACAAAUAAUUUAAGGUAGGUUUUUGAAACGGAAAAAACUCAACGAAAAAUAGACAACAAUAAAUUCAUAGGCUCCUACUUUCCCACAAAUAAGUUAAAUUAUUUGAAAUCAUUUGAAUACCCGCGUUUUAUCGUAAAUGAACUUUAUACGAGAGUAGGUGAAUUAUCCAGCAAUUUUCGGCCCGUAAAAUAAGAAAUAAAGACUUCGAAUUUCGACUCUACUGCGGUACGGUAAGGUUGGUUUUUGAAUGUGAUAAAUUAUUGGAUAUAAUUAUGAUAGGUAUUUUAUUUUAUUUUAAAUUAUUGAAUCGUAGUAUUAGUUUACUUAUUCGAUUAUAACUACUCUUACUUAGGGCCGGUUGCACCAACCACAUUUGACAGACUGAUCAACGUUAGCCGGCGCGCCCCCGCGUUUUACUAUGAAACUUUCCAUAUAUUAAAAAUUUGCAAACUCUUUAACGAUACGAACAGUUUGGUGCAACCGACCCUUAGUAGUUAAUUUUAUUAUACUCUGUAUCUUUAGGUAUUUAAACAAAAGUAAACAAAUAAUUUGUAUAUUUUCGGGUAGCUAUAACAUUUAUUGAUUAACCAACCAAAUGCAAACCGCCUGGAUCUGUCACUGAACGACCUGACUUUAACCUACAUUAUUUGAUUAUGUUAUGUUUUCAUCUAACCCUCAACUGGCGGAACCAUUUGAGGGUAGAUUUUGUAUACAUUUAUUUAAAUACUUAAAGAUACAGACUGUAAUAAUGUACGUUGUUAUAGGUAAGGAAUUAUAAGAAGAGGCGAUUGGAACUAAAGAUGAACAAUGCGAAAAUCAGAAUACAAUUCCAGUUUUUAAAGAUAUGCUCUAAAUUGUUUUAUACAUAGUUCAUUGUUAUGUUAUCACAGUCAACAUCGUACAUGUGUACUUUUUGGUUUUCACUCCUUGAAAAAAGAUCAGUUGAGAGAAAUACGAGUACAUAUGGCAAUUCUUAUGUAUUGUAAAAUGUCUAUUAUGUGCAUUUAAUUCGUCCCGUUUGUCCUUAUUACCCGUCAAGUAGAUGUUCAGAAAUGUUAAAGCAAUUUAAAAAUGUAAUUAUAUACAUUUAAAUAUCAUUUAUUACAAUAAUUAGCGUUGUUUCUAGACCAAUAUUAAAUUAGAAACUAAAGUAUUUUAUAAAUGAAGUAUUCGUCGGUAAGUUGAGUGUAAUUGUUUGUAUCGAAAUCAAUUAUGUAAGUCGUUGGUUUAAAAUUAAUGUCCAAAACAUGUUUAAGUAUAUGCAAUUUAUUUUAAAGAUUAAUUGUUUAAUGUUGUACCUUUUUAAUGUUUCGUCACAAGUAGGUACCAAAAUAUACUAAUAUGUGUGUUCCAAGAUUUAUAUGCAUGGAAAAUACAAAUAUUUUAUAAAAAAAAGGAAUCGAUGGAGGCGGUGCAUUUAUAACCACUUGUUCAGUUUUGUUUUUAAAAUUUUUAGUUACAAAUAAUUUCAAGUCGGUUGCUAAUUAACGAUACAUAGGUAUUUUAUAUAAAAAAGCCUUAUUGAAAGGCUAAAUAAUUCAGCUUAGUUUAGAGACUUAUAUUAAUGUAAUAGAUUAUAAUGGCUAUUGAUCAAUGUACAUAAUAUCUCUGAACAAUAAAAUAUUAAUAAAGUUAAAUGUACAACUUUGGUCAAAUAAUGGACUUAUCAAAAUUUUUACCAAAAUAUUCCAGUUUACAAUGUAUGUACCUUUUGUUUAUAUGUAAUGUUUUAUAAGUAGUUCAUUCAAUUAAAUGUAUGACUGAUUU